AUGCUUAAACUAACGUGUAUUGUUAUCGCUUUAUUAGGAUGCUUUGAUUUAAAUCCCAAAAAUUUGGUUCAUGGAGGUGUUGUGGAGGUGUCCAACACUGAUAAACAUGUUCAGAAUGGAAUCGUAUGUAAAAUGUGUAUGUCAGCUGCAAAUAUGACACUCGGAAUUCUGCGAGAAGAAUUUCUUUGGAGAGCUUUUUUCAAAAUUAUGUCCCCGACUUGUUACUUAAUGCCUGACGAAAGUUAUCGUGAAUUGUGCGAUUAUUUGUUAUCUGGUGAAUUGGCCAGAAUGGUUACAAUUCAAUUAAAUCAAAUCAAUGCAGCAACUUUAUGUGAUGCUAUUUCAGUGUGUGGUAAAUCGGAUCGAUUUCAUGGAACUUAUGAAAAUGAUGAACAAUUAAAAAUGCACUUUAAUACAUUUAUUCAUGAGAAAAUCGAUGAAAUCUGCACAAAUUAUGCUACUGAUAUAAACCAUUGUGCAGAACCACUAAAGAAAAUUUCAAGUAAUCUGUUCAAUCACUUCAUAGAGUAUAUUAAUGAAGAUGGAGUCAACGAUAUGCAAUGAGUCAUUUCUUUGACAUGGAACAUCUACUUACAUUUCCUCUCUUUUCUAUCGAGUAAUAUGAGUUACUUUUGACUGUGCUUAAUGUGUGAUUUAUUGAUGGAUUCAGUCAGUUGUCAUUUAACCAUCUUUUAUCAGUUUAUACCUGUUUUUCUUUUUCUUCAAAAAAGGUGUUUGUUUUAAUAUUCUACUGCA